CUUGGUUUAUAUAUAUCAUCCUGUGCACUUCCGCUUUUAUUUCUGGUAUCAGACACUUUUUUUAACUCCUUGCGGAAUGCUCCCCUUAGAUUUUGUAUUUUUUUCGUGACAAAAUCCCGGUUCGCCGUUGUAAAACCAACAUUUUUGCAAUAUUCGAUGAGUUCGUCGUACGCUUUUUGUUUUAAAUUACGGUUUGUAUAAGCCGACUUAUUUUUAAAUUGCCAUAAACAUGGAUGUUCCCGAUAUAUCCUUAUAAGCAGUGACACUGCUUCCACUCUCCAAACUGCCAUUUUGAAAUAAUUGUCAUCCACACGAGGCACCCGCAUAAAACUGUACAAACGUUAGUACACACCUUUGAGUAUUAAGCCAGAAAGGAGUCGCCUUUACGCGCGUCCCCCUCUGUCAUACGGGAUUUACACUCGCGCUUCGUCCCUCGCCUCGUGGCUCGCCUCGUCCCUCGUGCGAGGCUCGUGUUGAUCGAUGGUAAAUGAGUUGCCUGUUUACACUCGCGUGCCGAGUUCAGUCGUCUUUGAGCUAGCAACAAUGGAGGACGUCGAAGUUUUAGCAGCAACAAGUUUGUGCGUACUGGGCUUAUACUGCUACGUGACUAAUUUAAAUAAAAGGAAAGUAGUAAAGAAACGGCGGUGGCGCCCAAGAAGAUGGUGGAUGAUAUCGAUUCAUCGCAAUAGAACCCUGCAAAGUAUGGAACAAAUGUUUCAAGAAAUGCUGAAUGAAGAUUCUGGCGAGUUUCAGAAUUUUUGCCGAAUGUCACCAAAUGAUUUUGAUUUUCUGCUAAGCAAAGUAGAACCUUUGAUUAAAAAGCAAAAGACUAGACUCAGAAUACCCAUCCCAGCAAAAGUGCGCUUAGCUAUAACGUUACGAUUCUUAGCUACUGGCGACAGCUACAGGAGCCUUCACUACUUAUUCAAGGUUUCCAGUGCAGCCAUCUCAAUCAUUGUACAAGAUGUCUGUAAUGCUAUCAACACAGUGCUAAAGGAUCAGAUAAAGAUGCCGCGGACAGAGGCAGAAUGGUUAAAUAUAGAAAGGCGCUUUCAGAGAAAAUACCCACAUUGUGUAGGUUGUAUUGAUGGCAAGCAUGUACAGAUACAAUGUCCAAUUGACAGUGGCUCAGAAUACUACAAUUAUAAAGGGACUUUUAGUUUUGUGCUCUUAGCUUUAGUUGAUAAUGAUUACCGCUUCAUAUUUGCCGAUAUCGGAGCUCAGGGUAGAAUAAGCGAUGGAGGCGUAUUUCAAAACAGUGUUCUUUGGGAAAGAAUUUCUACAGACACUAUUAAUUUACCACCUGAUUGUCCACUUCCUGGUGGACAAUGUAAUGUACCAUAUGUUUUUCUCGGAGAUGGGGCAUUUGCGUUAAGCAAACACGUUAUGAAACCUUUCCCAGGAAACCAUCCCCUUGGUUCAUUACAACGCAAUUUUAACAAGAGAUUAUCUAGUACACGUGUUAUCGUUGAAAAUGUUUUUGGAGUUCUAACAACAGUUUUUAGAAUCUUUAAACACCCAAUGGAAAUUAAUAAGGAUAAAGCUAUAUUGAUAACAAAGACUUGUAUUCUAUUACAUAAUUUUCUCAGAAAUAGUAGGACUUCAAGAAACAUUUACACACCUCCUGGUACCUUUGAUACUGUUGUCAAUGAUGAAAUAAUUCAAGAAGGUUCUUGGAGGCGACAGGUUUCCACUAACCCGGCUAUAAUACCUAUUCCAACUGUAGCUAGACGUGCAGCACAGAGUGCCAUAGACGUAAGAAAUGAGUUCGCUAAUUUUUUUCAAAGGCAAAAUGUUUAAGACAAUAAAUUGUUACCCAUUUUAUCGAAUAGUAAUGAGGUUAUAAAUCAGUUGCUAAGAGCAAACUCGCCAGCCAAAGGUUCGGUUAAAACAUUGCUAAGAUAUCAAAAUUAUUUAAUUAUUGUGUAUUAUUUAUAUUGGAUACAACUUUUGAUAGUAGGUAAUUAUUAUUUAUAGAAGUACUUGCUUGUGCCCGGCCCGGGACUCGAACCUGGGAUAAAAAGUAUCUAUUAUGUUAUUCUGGGUCAUUCUAUAUCUGUGCCAAGUUUCAUCCAUAUCUGUUCAGCAGUAACGAUAUACUAGCGCCAUCUACCGACUAGCGUCAUCUGUCUAUACCUACUUGAUGAUGAUUUAUUGAAGAUGACUAAUUACUUGAACUGACUAAUUACUUGAAUAAACCUAACUAAACAAA